AAUAUUUAUAGAGAUUAUUUCAAAGAUGUCUGCGCCCAUGGACACAUGAAUUGAGUACAUGUAUAUAGAAGGUUUACUCUUAAAUUUUUACAUUAAAUGGCGUCAAAAGAGUUACUAGGAGUCGAAUUCAGCAAAAAUGACAAAGGUUUAGCAGAGUUAUUAUCUGUUAAACAAACUGAUAGAAAGUCUACUACACCUCCAAGCAUCUGUAAGAUGCCUCCAAGUUCAGUUUUAUCAAGUGUGAAACAAUUUCUUCCUUUGAUGAAAGAUGCAAACAAAGAACUUGACACUAUUCCUGCUGAUGACCUUGACAUAGAAUGUAUAUCUAAUGAAAAUGAUCAUGUUAUAGAAAUGAACAUUGCAUUGUUUGAACAGAGCUCUGGAGAAGAUGAUUCAGAAGAGAGCAGUGAAUCAUCUGAGGAUGAAUUCUAUGGUCCAGAAGUGACUGAAGAGAAUUUUAGAAUAAUAAAAACAAAUACCAAAAAACCACAUAUAGAGGAAAUGGACCAUAAUGAUAAACCACCUGGAUGACAUUUGUACAAGAUUUGUGAUAACUUUCACAGCUCCUUUGAAGACAUUGCCAUGUUUAUGUGGUCACCUUAGAACACUUUGUCAGAAUGUAUAGUAUUCAUUGUUCUCAUCAUUAUUUCUGUGAUCAUUCAUAAUAUGUGAUUUACCAGUUUAGUAUCUAAAGGGAAUACUUCACAGAAAUAAGUAAACAUUUUAAAAUUUGGUUACAGGCACCAGUUCAAUAGAGACAAUAAGAAGAGCUAGCUUUGCAUGCAUGUGCUGGACAUGUCUCAUAAAUUUUGUAACAUCAAACUUUAAAAGCUAGUAUAUUUUGGUAAAUAAAAGCAUUUACAGUA